AUGUUCAUACGCAACAAAAUACUGUCAGUUCUUGUCACUACUCUGGCAAUUGUCAAUGGCCAGGACAAUCUUGGGCUCAGCAAUGGGUACACCACCUUCGAAGCCGGGAGCCUCAAAGGCAACAUCGUUCGUUCGUCUCAGACGCUUGCUUCGUUGAACUCCAGUCGAACAGACUUCAAUUUCCUACCCUUCGACCUCCUGUCUCGACUUGCCUUCAACGGCGCGCACCAUCUCGGCGAUGUCACGUUUCGGUAUCGGACUUCCAACGGUAGAUGGACGAGCGUCGAUUCUGCCAGCUCUAGGAGUCCAGUCACAGCGCUGAGUGAGCUUGGGGCAAAUGUCAUCGCUGGUGCCGACCUGGCGCCUACCCUUCCUCGUAGGCUGCCACUGAAAGUCACUAGGGAAUGGGUACACUAUGAAGAUGAUCUUGCUAUGCGUAUCAACAUUACGAACACGGCGAACUCGAAUAUCGAAUUGGGAAGUCUCGGACUCCCAAUCAGCAUCAACAACAUCUUUUCCGACCGGACCGCAGAGCAGACUCAAGAUAGGUGCUCGCUUGCCGACCCAUACAUUGGCCUUGACGCAGGCUACGUGCGAGUCUCGCACUUGCAAGGCACUGGAAACGCCUUGGUUGUCACACCACUAGGAUCGACUCGAUUCGAGGCGUGGAGAUUUCUCAGCGAGCCAAACGGAAACUUUGGAUACCAGUCACAGACAUUUGAGGGAAACUACGAAUGGCAGGUGCACAGCCUUGCGUGGGCACAAAACGAGUGGAAGAGCAGCAAACCUUGGAACACACCGACAUCGAAAAUUCUGCAACCGGGAGAAGUGUACUCUGUCGGUCUCCGUUUUUCGCUGGCUGAAGACAUUCAGCGGAUUGAAGAUACUGUAGUGCGGACUGGAACUCCGCUUGCAGUAGGCAUACCGGGAUAUGUGGUGCCAUCUGACUCAACAGCACGGUUGUAUCUGAACUACUCGUCGCCUGUUGAGACCGUGGACGCUGGAGGUGCCUUUACCAUAUCGGCACCGUCGUCGUCUGGUGGUCCGUACACGUUGACACCAGCCGGCUCAGCAUGGGGAAGAACCCGCGUGACGAUAUCAUACCAGGACGGUAAAACCCAAACCGUGCAUUAUUUCAUCACAAAGUCUGCGCCCUCAGCGUUGGCUGAUCUCGGUCAUUUCUUCACAACUGCCGCAUACUAUAACAACACUGAAGAUCCUUUCAAUCGUGCGCCGUCAAUCAUGACUUAUGAUCGCGAAGUGAACGCUAUCGUUGACCAAGAUCCUCGCGUCUGGAUUGCCGGGCUCAGCGACGAGGGCGGUACCGGCGCCUACCUAGCCACGGCGAUGAAACAGUUUGCCCAGCCUGUUGCAAGAGAAGUAGCUGCUCUGGACGAUUUCGUACACGACACAAUAGUUGGAACACUGCAACAGAACGGCACAUUCGGCGUUGUAGCCAGUGCCUUCUUCUACGAGCCCGGCGCCGUCAAUUACACGUACAAUCCAGCGUUUGACUGGGGAUCUUGGACUUCGUGGAACCGCGAAAGAGCUUACACGACGCGUCGCGCCUACAACUACGUCCAUCCUGUCGCAACGUACUGGUCCAUGUACCGAGUCGCCAGGAAUUACCCGGAUCAGAAACUUCGAGCCGAUUGGUCUUGGUACUUGGGUCGCGCGUUCAACACCACGCAGUACUGUCUCGCUGAUGAAUCGGCGAACUGCGAUUAUGGCCUUGUUGGGCUGAUGGGCGAGUGGGUGCUCGGUGAGCUGCUGGAGGACUUGAAGAGAGAGGGUAUGGCGGCCGAAGUCUCGGCCAUGGAAACUACCAUGCGAUACCGUGCGGAGCUCUGGGAGACGCAACCGAUUCCGUUUGGCAGCGAAAUGGCGUGGGACAGCACGGGGCAGGAAGGAGUGUUUUUCUGGACCAAGUACUUCAACCUCCCCAACACACCCUCCAAAACACUAAACAGCAUCUUGGCAUACAUGCCGACCGUUGCGCACUGGGGCUGGAACGGCAAUGCCAGACGUUACUGGGAUUUCGUCUACGGCGCGAAGCUCCAGCAAGUAGAGAGGCAGAUCCAUCACUACGGAUCGGGCCUGAACUCGCUACCGCUGCUCGACUCGUACGAAUCAGAUCCUGCUAACAAUCUCUACACCCUCCGUGUGGGAUUCGCGGGAAACACGGCACCGCUCACGAAUAUCGAUCAACAGGGCUUUGCCUCUGCCGCCUUCCAUUCGUACCCCGAGCUGUUGAAGUGGGAUGCAUAUUCGGGAGACUACGGGCAGGGUUUCCUAGGCAUGAGUCUUGGGCAGACUGUGUACGUGGUCAGCGAUGCGCGGUAUGGCGACGUGGCGUUUGGUGGUGACGUGGAGAAAUCGAGCGCUACUGCGAUUGUUGUUGCGCCUAGGGAUGCGGUGAGGAAGAGGGUCUUCAUUGCGCAGUUGGGGCUGAAGAUGGAGAUCAGUGCGGGGGCACUGCAGAAGGUGGAUUUUGAUAAGUCGGCGCAGAGUGUUACGUUGAGCGUUGUUGAUAGCGUUACGGAGGGCGCGUUGAAGGCUUCUUCGGCUGUUCUUUGGUUGAAGAAGGUGGGGUCGGAUACAGCUGGGUUUACUGUUGCUGGCGCGAAGACGGAGAGAGGUGGGUGGGUUGUUGAUCUUGUGGAUGGCAAGGCAGAUGUGAAAAUCACACGAGCGUGA